CGGCUCGAUUAUGCCAGGAAACGGGUGGGGAAACGGAGCGUUUGCGUGCAGCCACGUCACUGUAAAUGGAGUAAAAGUACGUUAGAACCAAAAUAGUAGCUACAGAAGGAGGAUUUAGCGGCUGUGAUUGGACUCCAGUGUGGCUGUAGAGGGACCGUGAACACCCGCAGCAGCAGGGCUUUAUAUAGGAACAUGUCUGACGUCGGGGACUGGUUUAAAAACAUCCCGUUUAUCACUCGGUACUGGUUCGCGGGAUCGAUCCUGGUGCCGCUGAUAGGGAAGCUGGGCUUGAUCAGUCCCGCACACCUCGUGUUGUGGCCCGAGGCCUUCUUUCACAAGUUCCAGAUAUGGAGACCCAUAAGUUCAACACUGUACUUCCCAGUUGGUCCAGGAACAGGUUUUCUGUACAUGGUCAAUCUGUACUUCCUGUAUCAGUACUCCUCCAGACUGGAAACAGGGGCCUUUGAUGGAAGACCAGCAGACUACGUGUACAUGCUGCUUUUCAACUGGAUUUGCAUUGUUAUAACAGGGCUGAUGAUGGACAUGCAGCUCCUGAUGAUCCCCUUGAUCAUGUCUGUGCUAUAUGUUUGGGCCCAAAUGAACCGAGACAUGAUCGUGUCCUUCUGGUUUGGUACAAGAUUCAAGGCCUGUUAUCUUCCCUGGGUCAUUCUGGGAUUCAACUACAUCAUCGGUGGCUCAGUUGUGAACGAGUUGAUUGGAAAUUUAGUGGGCCAUCUUUACUUCUUCCUCAUGUUUAAAUACCCCAUGGACCUGGGCGGCAGAUCCUUCCUGUCCACUCCAGAGACCCUCUAUCGGUGGUUUCCCAAUCGACGCGGCGGAGUCUCUGGAUUCGGCGUCCCACCCACCAGGAGACGCGACCCUCAGGAACAAGCAGGAGGAGGCGGUGGACGUCACAACUGGGGGCAAGGCUUUCGCCUCGGGGAAGACUGAGAACGUCCUCCUGCUGAAGCCUCCACAGACUCUGAUGCUCAUCAGGCACAUAAUACAACAUUGAUGCUGCAGAACACAAGUUUGCAUACAUUUGGGCUUCAGUUCAGUUUUCGUAUCUCUCCUUCCGACUACGAAUGAAAAGAAGGUGAUCGCAGAGCUCCUUCACACCACGUCAGCGUGUUUCUUUACUCUUUAAGCGAUGACAUCGUACGUCACACAGCACCUGGGUUUCUCCCGGACGCGAGCAGCCCUGCAGAACAAGGAGCUCCAGCAGGGUUUGUGUAAAGGAGACAAUUUAGAGGACUGAAAUGCUUUAGUCCCCGUCCCCCCCCCAAACCUAGCACACUGUUGCAGUGUGUAAUGGCUUCAGAUUAAACUCUUUUGUUGAAUGCUUUAGUUUUUUAUGUCUUGUUAAUUGUUAUGUACAGAAUUUUAUUUGUUUUCUUCAGACUCAGAAAUUUGAAGAUGGGGAAAAUCUUGUUUAUCGCUUUUACUAGUAAAAAAUGUUUUGUUCUGAAGCAUUGUGUAAACUUUGUCUUAACACAUAGUCAGGGUUUAAAAUCUGUCCAACACACGAGUAACAUCUUAACGACGAGCUCGCCUCUUAAAAUGAACUUCAAUACUGACAUUAAACUCUCGUGUUAAAUCCGGCCGCUAGGUGUCAGCAUAUCCUACACCUCAUAACUCAUAACCACAAUGUGGUGAUAGACAACAAAUUAGACAUCAUCAAAAUUCCAUAUAUAAAAUUGGAUUAUUUAAAACACUUAAAUGAAUAUGAACUAGAAAGCCUGACGUACUGGUUGCCUUAAACAUCCACCGUGGCAUUUUACAGACACGUGUUAACCUAGCAGUGAAAUUCUGCUGAACUGCUGAGCGUAAUGAAGCUCUGACGAAGCAAAACAAUGUGGUUCGGUAGUUUCUUGCUCCAACACUCAGAUUACGUUAUAAAAAAAAUGUUAUCCAGCGUUUUGUGAUGAGAAGAGAGUUUGAGUGUAGAAAUAUCUAACUGAACAGGACAAAAGUGCCCUUGGACAAACAAGUGUGAAAAAAAAAUUAUAAUGAAAAUCAAACAAUUGUAUAAAGCAACAGGAAAUGAAAUAAAAUCUUACUGCUGUUCA